CCCAAGUCAGUCAUUCACCGGACUACCAGCCCACCACAUACACACCAAACAUGAAGGCCUUUAUUGUGUUCGCCUGCUUGGCCGUGGCGACGGUCCGCGCCGGAAUCGCACAUGGACCUGGCAUUGCUCUUGCCGGAGGUCAUGGCGGUAUCGGCGGUAUCGGCGGUAUCAGCGGCAUUGGAUUGGGCAUCGGUGGCGGUGCUAGUCUUACCGGUGGUCUCUCGGCGGGAGCGAGUAGCGCGUCGUCCCUGCAAGGUGGUGCGUCCUCCUUGGGAUCCGGCGGUCUUGGUGCCAGCUACGCCGCUGGUGCUGCGUCGGCGGCUGGAGCUGCUGGUGUUCAACAGAUCGUCUCUGGUGGAGUGAUUGGAGGCAGGGCUGACAUUGGACCCGCUGAAGGACCCAAGGCUAACGUUGGACCUCAGACUGGACCUUCUGACCUCGUUGGACCCCAAGAAGGCGCCAAGAACGUAGGUGGACCUCGUACCGGACCUGCUGGUCUCGUUGGACCCGCCACUGGACCAUUCACCAGUGUAGGUGCCUCUGCUGGAACCUCCACCCUUGUUGGACCAUCCCAAGGACGUGCCAACCUCGUAGGACCCUCCUCUGGUGGAGUUGCCCUCUACGCUGGUAGUGGAAACAUCAACGGUGAUGAUGGAAGCUCUGGCUCUGCUGCCGCUGCUGCGCCCGCUGGUCUUGGUGCUGCCGGUCUCGGUCUCGCUGGUGCUGGUGCCAUCGCUGUAGUGGGUGGUGGUGCUGGCAUCGCUGGUGGACUCGGCGGACACGACGGUGGUGUUGCUGUGAUCAACGGACCGUCUGGCGCCAUCCAUGCCGGACUCGGCUCCCACGGAGCUAUCAUCCCCGGGGUACUCGGCAAGUACUAGACGUUCUAAGGCCCCAGCGAUCUCGGCUCGGCGACGGCGGCAUUCCCACCACAGUCACUUACCGGUCUCAAACGAUCUUCAAACGCGCUCAACGUCUUCUUCCAAAGCUUCGUCCAACCUGGGAACAUGGUCAAAAGCGCCGGAGUUUAGAGUGGUGUAGUCGGUAUAUAGUCGGAAUAUUAAUCGCAGUCCUGUCGGUAUAUAUCGAGCCACGGUGUACAGCGCGAACGAACAAAGCCCGAAAGCCCGAUCGGUCGUCACCUGUCCGCGAUUACCCGUGAUCAGAUCGUCGAAGUAUGUAGACCAACCGCGGUCCGGCCAUUCGUGAUCCGUGGAAUCGAUUCGACCGUACUCGUCGUCGGCGACGUGCCCUUAACCGGGCGCGCGGUCGAGCGUUUUUAGUCAAUUUCAUUUUCGUCAACUUUGCAUGCGACAAGUGUAGGCGGAUCGAUGCUGCGAUUUGCCAGUCGCGGUUUCGCUACUUCGCCGCGACACACACCGAACAUCCGUGAAAUGUCGCCGAUCCGCGGAACAUUCGCGGGAACGCGUCGGCCGAUCGACAAGCUUUCGAUCAUACGAGUCGAUCAUUUCCGCCGCGCUAAACCUCGAAUCAACGCUAACACGUCGGACCCGGCCGCCCAUCGGCCGUGGACCCGGCAUGUGGACAAGCUUUGGCGCUUCGUCGUUGGACCAACUGGGCCUUGUUCUGUUUUCUGAACACCCACCGUUGCUCCGGCAGUACACUCUCUAUUUUUUUUCUCUUGCGUCUUCGACCAUCCGUAAGGCGACCGCUCUUCACACAUAUUUACUACUCUCUCUUUUUUUUAUUUCUCCUUCUCUGAUGAGUCAUUCGGUCGAUCCCCACGGAUCGUUCCAAACGGCUCACAAGUUGUUAUCCUCACUGCCGCACUCAAGCAUACAUAUUAUUAUUACAUUACUCGUCCCAUGCGCAUAUAUGUUUUCUCUUUAUAUAUAUAUAUACAUGUAUACAUACUAUUACUACUAUUCCUUCGCGUAUAUAUAUAUAUGAACACAUUGCCACACGCGCGCACACACACUAUUGUUAUAUGUGUACUCGUAUAUAUACACACAAUUACACAUAUAUUAUAUAAUCGUGUUAUAUGUUAGUGAAAGAGAGAGACCGGUAGAUUAUGGUAGGUCAGCCCUUUCCGUGAGUGAAUGAAUGUAAAUAGAUGGCGCGCCGCUGCCGGCCCCCGACCCCGCCCGCCCUCGUCAUACCCUUUCUUUGCGAUCACGACUAGCACCCCACCACCACCAUAGUUAGAUACCACAUAUUUAUAGCGUUUAUACAUUUAUACAAUACUUUAUAUAAAAUAAAGCAUCAGUAUUUAAAACUCA